CUCACGGAGGUUCCGCUGCUGUCAGACUCCGCCGCUCAACGCUUGCCAGACUUGGAUAAGAGUGCACGGAGGGACUUGGGGCCGGAGAAAGGAUUCAGGAGCUGCAAUAUCUGGAGUCAUUCGCCAGUGGAUUGUGUCCGUUCUGUGAGCUUGAUUGAGGCCUGACAGUGGUGAUGUCACUGCAAAUGAGUGAGGCUGAUGGAGCAGUGAAGGUGGAGGAGUGGCAGCAGAGCUUCUACACCGCAGACUCAGGCAUUCAGUCUGGAGCCACAACCAUCAGAGAUGAGGACGAGUCUGAGAGCAGGAAGUACAGCGCUGGAGAGAGCAGCGCAGAUAUGGAGGCUCAGUUCAGUUUGACUCGAGCUCAGCGAGUGCGUGCUGCAAUGUUCCCUGAGACCCUGGUGGAGGGAGAGACGGUUCUCACCCCGCAGAGCAACCCAGACCAGCCCACUAAUGUGCAGAGACUGGCGGAACCCUCACAGCUGCUCAAAACUGCUAUUGUCCACCUCAUCAACUACCAGGAUGAUGCAGAGCUGGCCACACGAGCAGUGCCAGAGCUCACCAAACUACUGGCUGAUGAUGACCAGGUGGUGGUGAACAAGGCGGCGCUGAUCGUGAACCAGCUGACGCGGAAGGAGGCGUCUCGUCGUGUACUCAUGCAGUCUCCUCAGAUGGUGUCGGCGGUGGUGAGGGCCAUGCAGAACACUGGAGACCUGGAGACGGCCCGCUGCGCCGCCAGUGUCCUGCACAGCCUCUCACACCAGCGAGAGGGUCUGCUGGCCAUCUUCAAAUCAGGCGGCAUCCCUGCACUCGUGCGCAUGCUCAGUUCUCCUAUGGAGUCUGUGCUGUUUUAUGCCAUUACCACGUUACACAACCUGCUACUGCACCAGGAGGGAGCCAAGAUGGCGGUGCGCUUGGCUGAUGGACUUCAAAGGAUGGUUCCCCUUCUGAAAAAGACCAACCCAAAGUUCCUGGCCAUCACAACAGACUGCCUGCAGCUGCUUUCAUAUGGAAAUCAGGAGAGCAAGUUGAUCAUCCUGGCUAAUGGUGGACCAGAAUGUUUGGUAUUCAUUAUGAGAAACUACAACUAUGAGAAGCUCCUCUGGACCACCAGUAGAGUCCUGAAGGUGCUUUCUGUCUGUCCGAGCAACAAGCCAGCUAUUGUAGAUUCUGGAGGUAUGCAGGCCCUCGGCCAACAUCUCACAGGUUCGAGUCAGCGGCUAACACAGAACUGCCUGUGGACUCUGAGGAAUCUCUCUGACGCUGCAACCAAGCAGGAGGGUCUGGACGGUCUGCUGCAGAUCUUAGUGAGUCAGCUGGGCUCUGAUGAUGUCAACAUGCUGACCUGCGCCACUGGCAUCCUGUCAAACCUCACCUGCAACAACGCCCGCAACAAGGCCCUGGUCACGCAGAGCGGCGGCGUGGAGGCGCUCAUUCAUGCUGUGCUCCGAGCUGGGGAGAAGGAGGAUGUGGCCGAACCUGCCGUCUGUGCCCUGAGACACCUCACCAGCCGUCAUCCUGACGCUGAGCUGGCCCAGAAUGCAGUGCGGCUGCAUUACGGCAUCCCCGCCAUCACUAAACUCCUGGGUCAGCCGCACUACUGGCCUGUGGUGAAGGCCACAGUGGGUUUGAUCCGUAACCUGGCUCUGUGUCCAGCCAAUCAGGCUCCUCUGCGGGAGUCCGGCGCCAUCCCUCGACUGGUCAACCUGCUCCUCAAAGCCCAUCAGGAGACGCAGAGACACGGAUCAGGAGCCCAGCAGACCUAUCAGGACGGUGUGCGAAUGGAGGAGAUUGUGGAGGGCUGUACAGGAGCUCUGCACAUUCUGGCCAGAGAUCCAAUGAACCGAGGGGAAAUCGCCAGCAUGCAGACCAUUCCUCUGUUUGUGCAACUGCUGUACUCAUACGUGGAGAACAUCAAGCGCGUGUCGGCCGGUGUUUUGUGUGAGCUGGCUCUGGAUAAGCAGUCGGCUGAGAUGAUCGAUGCAGAAGGAGCGUCUGCACCUCUGAUGGAGCUCCUGCACUCCCCGAAUGAGGGCAUUGCCACUUACGCCGCAGCCGUUCUCUUCCGCAUCUCAGAGGACAAGAGUUCUGACUACAGGAAGCGAGUGUCAGUGGAGCUCACUCACUCCCUCUUCAAACACGACCCUGCAGCCUGGGACAUGGCACACGCCGCCAUGCCUCUCGACCCCGGAUACAUACCAGAUGACCUGGAUGUGGUUUACCCACCAUAUGGUUACUCUGAUUUACCCAUGGACGGCCUCCCGCUGGACGCUGAGCUUCAUGAGCAAUACAUGCCAGAAAUGACCUACGACCCUCGACAGGUGUAUCCAAAUCCUCUUUAACAACACUGCCAGCAGUCUUCAGGUGAAAUGAAGUGGACGAAGGUGGAAACUACACAACGGUUUGUUCCCUGCGACAGACGCGGAGCAGGGCCUGAACUGCGCAGUGCUCAAAGGAAAGAAGAAGAAAAACACUCGCUUUAGUUCACCACCGGUCUGUUUGUGACGUGAACUCGAAGCACUGCCUAACUCAUCUUGUUAUCUUGUGCUACUAACAGAGUGACAAAAGCCUAAAAGUGUGGUGAUGCGAUAAAAGCAUGUGAUCAUAACAUGUACAUUUUUUGUACUUUAUAUCGUUUGUCCAAAGAUGUCCAGACAACUCCGUCCUAGAAAUGUAGCGUAGCUAGCUAGCGGCUCGGCCACAUGAGGGUUCGUUUUCCUUUGCGUUCUGUGUAUUUGUGGCUCUGAGGCUUUAGAAAAUAAAUCAACAAAGGCAACAAAACAUACAUCUGAAAAAAACGAAACUCGUUUGUAUUUUCAUAGUCACACUAUUUUGAGAAGAGAUGUUGUUCUGACUUCCGACAAGUCAAUGGCAGGUUUUUUUUCAUCUUUUUUUUGUUUUUGUUUGGCAGACUCUUCCCAGCAGGCACAGGAUGUGUCAACAUGAUGUCAGAUUGAUGUUGUACCCCAACGUCGUUUGGACUUUGCAUUUUGCUUGGAAAAGCCGACAUCAAUGUCUAACGUCCAACCUAAAAUCAACCUAAAAUCAACCAAAUAUCAACGUCUGAUGAUGUAACUGCUUGAUUAUGUGUGGACUUUACCACUAUGGCAUUGACUUUUGGUUGACACCAUCUGACAAAUAAAUGUUAGUAUUUGACAUCAUUAUGACGUUCGACAUUCGACGUUCGACGUUCGAUUUUGGUUACUUUCCAACACAACCUAAAAUCAACCAAAUAUCAACAUCUAAUGAUGUUACAGCUUGAUGUUGUGUGGACUUUUCCACUAUGAUGUCUAUUAGACAUGGAUUUUGGUCACCCUACCUGAUGAUGAAAUGUCAGUAUUUGACAUCAUGAUGAUGUUGGUUUAAGAUGUUGCCUAGACAUUGGAUUUUGGUUCACUUUUCAACACAACCUGAAAUCAGCCUAAAAUAAACCAAAUAUCAACAUCUUAUGAUGUUACAGCUUGACGUUGUGUGGACAUUACCACUAUGACGUUGGAUUUUGGUUGCCAUACCUGACAAAUAAAUGUCAGCAUUUGACGUCAUGAUGACGUUGGUUUAGGAUGUUGGCUCGACGUUAGAUUUUGGUCACUUUCCAACACAACCUAAAAUCAAUCAAAUAUCAACGUCUAAUGAUUUUACAGCUUGACGUUGUGUGGACGUUAUCGCUAUGACGUUGAAUUUUGGUUGUCAUACCUAACGAAUAAAUGUCAGUAUUUGACAUGAAUAUGACGUUGUUUUAAGAUGUUGGCUUGAUGUUGGAUUUUGGUCACUUUCCAACACAACCUAAAAUCAACCUAAAAACAACCAAAUAUCAACAUUUAAUCUAGUCACACAGCUUGACAUUGUGUGGAUGUUACCACUAUGAUGUCUAUCAGACGUUAGAUUUUGGUUGCCAUACCUGAUGAAUAAAUGUCAGUAUUCUAUAUCAAUAUGACGUUGGUUUAAGAUGUUAGCUUGACGUUGGAUUUUGGUUCACUUUCCAACACAACCUAAAUCAACCUAAAAUAAACCAAAUAUCAACAUCUUAUAAUGUUACAGCUUGAGGUUGUGUGGACAUUACCACUAUGACGUUGGAUUUUGGUUGUCAUUUCUGACAAAUAAAUGUCAGUAUUUGACGUCAAUAUGACGUUGGUUUAAGAUGUUGGCUCGACGUUGGAUUUUGGUCACUUUUCAACCCAACCUAAAAUCAACCAAAUAUCAACAUCUAAUGAUGUUACAGCUUGACGUUGUGUGGACGUUACCACUAUGACGUUGGAUUUUGGUUGCCAUACCUGACAAAUAAAGGUCAGCAUUUGACGUCAUGAUGACGUUGGUUUAGGAUGUUGGCUAGACGUUAGAUUUUGGUCACUUUCCAACACAACCUAAAAUCAAUCAAAUAUCAACGUCUAAUGAUUUUACAGCUUGACGUUGUAUGGACGUUAUCGCUAUGAUGUUGAAUUUUGGUUGUCAUACCUAACGAAUAAAUAUCAGUAUUUGACAUGAAUAUGACGUUGUUUUAAGAUGUUGGCUUGAUGUUGGAUUUUGGUCACUUUCCAACACAACCUAAAAUCAACCUAAAAACAACCAAAUAUCAACAUUUAAUCUAGUCACACAGCUUGACAUUGUGUGGACGUUACCACUAUGAUGUCUAUCAGACGUUGGAUUUUGGUUGCCAUACCUGAUGAAUAAAUGUCAGUAUUCUAUAUCAAUAUGACGUUGGUUUAAGAUGUUAGCUUGACGUUGGAUUUUGGUUCACUUUCCAACACAACCUAAAUCAACCUAAAAUAAACCAAAUAUCAACAUCUUAUAAUGUUACAGCUUGAGGUUGUGUGGACAUUACCACUAUGACGUUGGAUUUUGGUUGUCAUUCCUGACAAAUAAAUGUCAGUAUUUGACGUCAAUAUGACGUUGGUUUGAGAUGAUGGCUCGACGUUAGAUUUUGGUCACUUUUCAACCCAACCUAAAAUCAACCAAAUAUCAAAAUCUAAUGAUGUUACAGCUUGAUGUUGUGUGGACGUUACCACUAUGACGUCUAUCAGACAUUGGAUUUUGGUUGCCAUACCUGAUGAAUAAAUGUCAGUAUUUGACGUCAAUAUGACGUUGGUUUAAGAUGUUGGCUUGACGUUAGAUUUUGGUCAUUUUCCAACACAACCUAAAAUCAACCAAAUAUCAACAUGAUUUGACAUCGUUAUUGGGCAUCAAAAUAUCAUUGUCAUUAGACGCUGAGUUCAAUUUUGGUCACCUGACAUCACAACUUACAUCUAACCUAAUAUUAAUGUCUUAUGACAUUGUGUGCCUGCUGGGUUCAUACAAACUGAUAUUCAGUUGUAAGGAAAUGUUUGUGGCGUAUGAUUUCAUGUAAAAAAAAAGUCAUUCGUUAUUCACAGCUAUACAUUUGGACAUCCUAAAAUCCAAUAAAAAACAUGCAAUGGUUUUAAAAUUAAACUCUCAAUAAGCACAUUCUGAUGUCCAAACGUAUUUAGCUAUACAUAUUUUAUUUCACGUAAAGUUAGUACUUUUUCUAACAUAACACUUCUAUCAUACAAAAAAAUAAAUAUAGGAUUCAUUUCCGAGUAUGUCAGAAUUGCUAAAUGAAAUAAAUGGCCACUUUUGUAGUAUAUUUUAGAGAAAUCUGAUACACAUCGACUGGAUAAAAUGCCAUUUUGCUUUCUUUUCAUUGCAGUUAUUGUUGUAACAGGGAACAUUUCUUUCAAGAAACAUUUUUUUCUUGCACACAAUAAUCAUUUAGCUUUGUUAUUUGGAUUAUGCUCUGAAAUUAUGCUAUAAUACUUUUCAUUAGGACUGAAUAGAGUUUUAGCAAAAUGCUACCAACAUCAUGAUGAUUGCUUUCCCCACCUAUAUAGUUUUCCAGCUAGGCUCUCGAUACUAAAUUGCCCUCUUAUUAUUAUUAUUAUAAUACAGCUCGGCUUAUUCUGAUCGGUCAUUUAGUGUUAAUGACCCCGAUAAGGGUUUAUUUUAUGAUUAUGACUUGUUGCAAAUUGUCCUUAUUCGCCCUCUUUAUAUAACAUCCUUUAGACGUAAAUAUUUUUUAUACAAAAGCUAUGUUUUACAUCAUUGUACAUAGAUAUAAAUGUGCUGAUCUUGUUUUGAAUGACACGCUUAUGAUGCGAGAGAUCAUUCUGAGAGGCGUUUGUUUCAAUCUGUGUGAAGUGUGAUUGCUGAUUGAUGAAAUUGCAGUAAUUGUCGAGCAUCAUUCAUUAUUAACCGUAACCGUAGUGGAGAAUUUAGCAUCAUAACUACAAAUCUGCCUGCCAUCUGUUGGUAUAAAGAACGUGUAUGUGCCAAAAUGAAUCGAAGUUACAUUGACGAAGACUAUUCUGGUACUGUUUUCCAACUUGAGCUCAAUUUGUUUUCGUUUCUUUUACAGCAGAAGUGAUAAAGGGAUAGUUCACGCAAAAAUAAAAUGUUUGCUGAUAAUUUACUUAGCUCAAGGGCAAUUACAAUGCAAGUGUCUAAUUUUCUUCAGAAGAACACAGAAUAAUAUACACUGCCUGACAAAAGUCUUGUCAUCGAUUACUGUUGUAAGAACAACAAAUAAUAACUUGACUUCUAGUUGAUCAUUUGGAAAAGUGGCAGAAGGUCGAUUUUUCAGAGGAAUCAUCUGAAUCAUCACAUAUACUGCAGAAGACUUAUCUGCAUGGACCCAAGAUUCUCAUAGAAAUCAGUCAAGUUUGGUGAGAGAAAAAUCAUGGUUUGGGGUUACAUCCAGUAUGGGGGCGUGCGAGAGAUCUGCAGUGGAUGGCAACAUCAACAGCCUGAGGUAUCAAGACAUUUGUGCUGCCCAUUACAUUACAAACCACAGCAGAGGGUAAUUUCUUCAGCAGGAUGGCGCUCCUUCUCAUACUUCAGCCUCCACAUGAAAGUUCCUGAAAGCAAAGAAGGUCAAGGUGCUUUGAUUGGCCAGCCCAGUUGAUUGGCCAGCCCAGUCACCAGACAUAAAAAUUAUUAAGCAUGUCUGGGGUAAGAUGAAGGAGGAGGCAUUGAAGAUGAAACCAAAGAAUCUUGAUGAACUCUGGGAGAUGACUUUAUUAAUAAGUGAUUUGAGUCAUUGCAGAGAUGUAUGGAUGCAGUCCUCCAAGCUCAUGGGAGUCAGACACAAUAUUCAUUCUUUUUCCACUGCACCAGGACUUUAUAUUCUAUACUGGACAUUAUUUUUGUUAAGUGACAAGACUUUUGUCUAAGCAAAGUCAGACCAUAUUUUUAAUAAUUAAAAAUCAAGGCAUGAUCAUAUUUUAUUGGGGUAAAAUAAGCGUAAUCUAGAGGCCUUUGCCUUUCAUAUAUGCCACUUCUGAUACCAAUUGAUCAACUAGAAGUCAAGUUAUUAUUUUUUGUUCCCAAAACCUGAAUAGGCGACAAGACUUUUGUCAGGUAGUGUAUAAUAUAUUUGUAGCUGAAACUCUGGUUCUCCAAUGCAAGUAUUUUGAGAGUUAUACAAAUCAUGCGCAGGCAAACAAAAUGAAUAGAUAUAGUUCCUGAUUAUAUAUUGAGGUCUUUGUUUGCAACAAAAUGUAUUGAGGUUUACAACAAAAUUAAUUGUUUGUUUCAAUGCAAAAAAAAUGAGGAUAAAGUUCAAUUAUUACAGGGUGGCACAGAUGAUGCAGAAUACGUGACAAGGAAGUCAAAUAAUGACAUUUGAAAAUUCAUUGCAAAGCUAAAAAAACUAAACAAAAACAUCCUGUGAGUAAAUUAGAGCAAGUGUUGUGGUUUUUAUUUUGGGGUGAACUAUCUCUCUAAGGCCCAUUUACACCAAGGAUGCUAACUGCUAAGUUUUAUAAGUCAAGCUAAGUUUAUGAGUCAAUAAUUGACAACAAAUUAGACACUUUUAGUUUUUUUUCCAACUGAUGAUGAAAUCUGUAUGAUCAGUGAAAACAUUGACAGCCAAUUAGAAUCCAUCGUGCUAUAAAAGAGCACAAGCAUUUAAAACAGCAGCGCUUAUAAUGCAUAAAAUAGAGCACCAUGGAGCUUUAGGGAUGGCUGAUGUGAAACUAACGUUUCGACACGUUCGACAUGAGAUCUCGUAGCGCAAGUGCUUCAAAACCUUGAUCCAAAACCUAAAGGUCACGUGACUAAAGUGAAUUGAAACACCCAGGUCAUGUGACUAAAGCGAUUUGAAACACCCAGGUCACGUGACUAAAGCGAUUCAAAACACCCAAGUCAUGUGACUGAAGCGAUUCAAAACACCCAGGUCACAUGACUAAAACAAUUUGAAACACCCAGGUCACAUGACUAAAUCGAUUAGAAACACCAAGGUCACGUGACUAAACCAAUUCGAAACACCCAGGUCAUGUGACUGAAGCAAUUCGAAACACCCAGGUGACGUGACUAAAGUGAUUUAAAACACCCAGGUCACGUGACACAAUCGUUUCGAAAUACUCAGGUCAUGUGACUAAAGUGAUUCGAAAUACCCAGGUCAUAUGACUAAAGUGAUUCGAAACACCCAAGUCAUGUGACUAAAGUGAUUCGAAACACCCAGCUCACAUGAUUAAAGCGAUUCGAAACACCCAAGUCAUGUGACUAAAGUGAUUCGAAACACCCAGGUCACAUGACUAAAGUGAUUCGAAACACCCAGCUCACAUGAUUAAAGCGAUUCGAAACACACAAGUCAUGUGACUAAAGCGAUUCAAAACACCCAGGACACAUGACUAAAGCGAUGAGAAACACCCAGGUCACGUGACUAAAGCAAUAAAUAAAAAUGACCACUAGGUAUCACUGUAAAGACGGCUUUCGAAACGUUUCGAAGCUUCAACACAUUUGCUUCGAUUGUUUCAGUGUUUCAUGAAGCCUCGCUGUGCCCACCAUUAUGAAGCUUUAGCAUAGAUGCUAAUUGGUAAUUUUAUAGCUAUUCUUGGUGUGAAUAGGCCAUGUGAACGUUUGAUCAGAUGUUUUGCUAAUGUCGUAUUGUUUCACCCCAUUAUGUUUUUGUUUUUUUGUGGCUCUAGUCUGAGAAACAGGAAUUAGGCAAACCUGUCCAGUGCAGCAGUGUGCUGAAAAUACAGAUAGUGACACUGAACAAUCUUUCAUGUCACGGAGAGACUUUGAAAUCUCCUGUAUUUUCAGUGGUAAUUGCACUUUUGAGUAUUUCAGCAUUCCCAUCUGCAAGAAACAAACAUUUAAAUAAAAAAACAUGCACGGAAUGUCAACAGGAAGUCAGUGAAUAUGCAUUUUUACUGAACAUUUUAGUUUGACAGUAAUUUCUGUUGUUUUCAAAUAAAUAAACUGAAUUAUAUUAA